UCAAUUGCUGCUACUCUUUUCUGCCACCACACGGUUCACAUAGUACUCAAGUACUCACUGGCUACUUACACAUUUCACUCACUCAUCACUGCGAGUUUACUGCAAUGCCACCCAUCCCUGCAGCGAACAGAGCACAAGAACCUUCCACAUGGCAAAAAUGUACAAUGGGCGCGAUGAUGGGUGGAGGCGUCGGCCUGACGAUCGGUUUCAUCUUUGGUUCAUACAGUAUCCUUCGAAACGGCACUGGUCCUCGAGGGUUCCUCGCCACGCUUUCGCAGUAUAUGCUUAGCAGCGCCGCAACUUUCUCUUUCUUCCUAGCUAUCGGUUCCGUCAUCCGUAACGACGCACUCCUACCGCCACACAUGGAAGCCGCCCGUCUGCAACUCCUCCCUCCUCUUGUCCGCUCGAAGGCUGAGGGCGCCACGCUGAUGCGCGCACGUUGGGAUGCAGAAAGGGCACGAAGAACAGCUGCGUAGUGCAUAUAUUGAGAAUUUGUGCAUUGAUACAUGGUUGAGAUGAGAUAUGAAUGAUCUAGCUAAGAAC